UAUCCCCUUUGCACAACUCUACUCUCAUUACUUGCAUAAAUCUCUUUUCUCUCAGCUUCUCUUCCCAGCAAUGAAGAAAGUUGUGGUGCAGUUGGAAUUUGAAGGUGGCCAAAUCAAGAAAAAGGCCAUGGGAAAGGUGUCAAAGAUAAAAGGGGUGAAAUCUAUUGCGAUUGGGAGGGACAAGAAAAUGACAGUGAUAGGGGACAUGGAUCCGGUGUUUGUGGAUAAGAAAUUGAAGACGAUAUGUUCCUCAAAACUAGUGCAUCUUGGACCAGCAGAAGCUGAUGAUGAGGUGACGACCAACAAUGGCGGCCAGGGGGAGAACGGAGUUCAACAAGCGCCGGCGCCGGCGCCGGCGGCAGUGACGACUGUAAUACCGCCGCCACAACCUCAUAACCCCUACUUUAAUUAUUAUCAGAAUCUCUACUAUCCACCCAGUGCACCCCCUUGGCCAUUUUACUAGUCACACAUUUCUCAACUUCAAAUGCCAUCAUCCUAUUCAUCA